AUGGACAUGGGGGAAGCAGGGGACUCCGGUGGGGCCUGGGGAGAGACUCCAGCAGGGACCUACAUUGUCCCACAAGUGGGGGCUCUGCAGGUUCCCCAGCAGCCGCUGAUGAUCCUCCAGCAGCUUCCCGGGACCAAUGCUGCCCUGGCUCGGCCGGCCAGACCCCUGCAUGUCCGGGGAGCCCCUUACUCUCUGGCAGAUUUAAUUGAGUUGAUGAUGAUUCAAAACUCCCAAAUGCACCAGGUGGUGAUGAACAGCCUGGCUGUGUCAGCACUGAUGUCCUUUGGGUUCGGGCCAUCUCCAUCCACUUCCCAGACAACUGUGAUGCCUUGGCAGACUGAUGGGGAAGGAGAAGCUGUGGUGUUCCACCAUUACUACGUUCCCUACCCGAGUCCUGCUCCUGUCUUGUCCUGGCCAGUCCGAGCACCAGCACAGGCUCGGGGGCCAGCUGCUGUACGCUACGUGGGCCCAGUCUCAGCAGUCAGGGAUGAGGAGGUCAGUGCAGUGCCUCCUCCACCACCUCCCAGUGCUACAGGGACCGUGGGAGCCAAUGUCCUGCCAGCCUCAGAGUACUAUGACUUGAUGGAGGGCAGGCUGUGA